AUGGCUGCAAUUUGGAAAAUUCUGCUGGGUCUCGUCGCCGUAGCGUCACUUUUAGCCUCCCAGGCGUCGGCCGGCGGGGACCGCGAGGCGGCGGUCGGGUUUCCGGUGAUAUCCGGCUGCAGCGGAACCGUCGGCGAGUGCCUCGAGGACGAGGACGAGGAGUUCGCAUGGAUAAAUUUCGAGCAGCCAAACGGUUAUGGGCAAGCUGGGCAAGCUGACCGGGGCAAACAAACAUUGGGCACCAAGGUAUUCCCUAUAAAAGGGGUUAAGAUACAACCGUGA